AACGUGGUGAUAUCAUAAGAAUAUAUGAUAAUAAAUUACACAUUUCACAUUUUUAUGUUUUACUACUAUUAAUCAUUUUGUUCAUUUACAUUCUAAUAUUUCAUAAAAUAUUAUGUCAUAUUAUUAUAGUAUCAUGGCUUAGUAUAACAACUAUUAAGUAUACCAUGAUUCAUGAAAUCAUGAAUACUAAUAAGUACUUUCUCGUGUGGUUGUGUGAUGUUUUUCAUAAUAUUAAAUAUUAAUGCAUAAUGGAUAAUGGUUUACAUUAAAAAGUCCCUCUAUAAAUUCAUAUAGUUAUAUUUGCUACAGGUUUAAGAGGACACUAUACAAGCAUACAUUGUCUCCGCCUUACAAACUUCAACAAAGCAAACUCGUGUUCAACAGAACAAAUUGUGUGUUGUUAGAUUUAAUAUUAGAGUGAAUUGACCUAUUAUCAAAUUUACAGAAUAUAACUGUAACAAUGGAUUUAAGUGAUGAUGAAGAAUUUUAUGAUUCUGAUCAGAGUGAUGUGGGCGAACAAAGUGUACAUGCCAUGCUCAGUAAAACUCUUUACGACAAAGAUAAUGAGUAUGAAGAAUAUGGAGAACAUAUUUCUGGUGAAGAAGAAGCAUUAGGUAGUGUACAAGAGGAAGUACUUGGUAAAGUCACCAAUGAUACUGGUCAAGAAGAAGUUGUUCUAGGUCCAGUAUGUAGUGAGAUAGAAGAUACAAAUGAAAAAUCAAUAGGGCCAGAUUCAAAAUUUGUUAAAAAAUUAGAAGAUGCUGAAGAAGUAGUUUUAACACCAGAAGUUAUAGGCGAGUUAGAAAACAAACAUUUUUUUGAUGGUCUUGAUGAUGAUAAUUUUGAACCAGUAAAAAAAAAACAAAAACUAAGCAAUGAAGAUACUAAUAAUGCAAAUCCUCAUAAAACUAUUAUUAUGCAUAUACCCCAAUUCAUUCGAUGUAACAAAGGUGGUCAAUCUAUUCAAGUCCAAAACAUUGUAUGUGGUGCAAACAUGGGAUGUCCUUUGGACUUGGUAAGAAUAGUCAUGUGGACUAGUAACUCUGAAUAUAAUCCACAACGAUUUAAUGGACUAAUUAUGCGCCUUCGUACACCCAAUGUCACCAGCCUAUUAUUUCCAUCAGGCAAAAUGAUCAUGCAAGGUGCUAAGGAUGACCGAACUGGAAAUUUAGGAUGUCGAAAAGUAGCAAAAAUUUUAGAACGACUUGGACACAAUGUACAGUUUUGUGACUAUACAGUUCAUAAUAUUGUAUGCACAUGGGAUGUUGGUUUCCCAAUAAUGUUAGAAGAAUUAAAUACUGCUCACUCACAGUUUACCAGCUUUGAGCCAGAAGUAUUUCCUGCGUUAAUUUAUCGGAUGGUCAAACCAAGAGCCGUGUUUUUAAUGUUUGUAAAUGGAAAAGUAGUUUUAACAGGUCUUAAAACAAAAGCAGAUAUAAAAGAAUCUAUUUUUUUAAUGCAAGAUGUAUUAAACAAUUUCAGAAAAACUUGAAACAAAACAUUGAUUAUUAUUUUUAAAUUAUUAAAAUAUAUACUUAAAUAUUAUAUAAAAUAUAUGUAUGUAUAUAAAUAAUUUGUUUUCUUUAAAAAAAAUUAAAACCAAUGUUUCCUGGGUAUUAAAUCACCCAUUUUUUUAUUUUAAAUAAAAACUGUGCCU